AUCUCACGGUUGAAAGUGGGGCAUGGUCUCCAGUUCCAACUCCCUUUCUUAGUUCUUCAUCUGAUUAUUUUAUGCGGGGUAUGGGUAGUUGUCGAUGUCGUCUCGUUAAUCUGCAAGAGAGUAUAUUGAAUAAGGUUGAUAUCCAAUUGUAGAGCUUUCGUGUGUCCACUUUGAAGCCAAAUCAUAAAGUGAUUAGUUACACCAAAGAAAUAUGUCAGCAUCAAGGAAGGACAUGGACCCUGCUUUCCAUGGUGCAGGAACAAAGGCUGGGAUGGAAGUAUGGCGAAUUGAGAAUUUUGCGGUUGUUCCUAUCCCAUUUCAUGGAAAGUUCUUUACAGGGGAUUCAUAUGUGAUUUUGAAGACGUCUUCCCUGAAAAAUGGUGCUUUGCGUCAUGAUAUCCAUUAUUGGCUUGGUAAAGAUACUACUCAGGAUGAAGCUGCGACUGCUGCCAUCAAGACUAUUGAGCUUGAUACAGUUCUUGGUGGACGUGCUGUUCAGUAUCGUGAGGUACAAGGAAACGAGACAAAGAAGUUCCUGUCUUACUUUAGACCAUGUAUCAUUCCACAACAAGGUGGAGUGGCAUCUGGAUUUAGGCACGCUGAUGUAAAUGAGCAUGAGCAUGAGACUCGUCUAUAUCUCUGCAAAGGGAAACAUGUUGUCCACAUAAAAGAGGUUCCUUUUGUGCGGUCAUCCCUCAAUCAUGAUGGUAUAUUCAUUCUGGACACAAGAUCAAAGAUUUUUCAGUUUAAUGGAUCCAACUCAACCAUUCAAGAAAGAGCUAAAGCUCUUGAGGUGGUCCAACAUAUAAAAGAUACUUUUCACGAUGGAAAGUGUGAGGUAGCAGCUAUUGAGGAUGGCAAGUUGAUGGCUGAUGCUGAUGCUGGAGAAUUCUGGGGCUUGUUUGGUGGCUUUGCUCCUCUUCCUAGAAAGGUAUCUUCCGAGGAAGCAAGAGAUGUGGAUACCAUUUCUGUGAAAUUACUUUGUGUUGAGAAUGGGCAGCCAACACCUGUUGAUGCUGAUUCAUUGACAAGAGAGUUGCUAAACACAAAUAAGUGUUACUUGCUGGAUUGUGGUAUUGAAGUCUGUGUGUGGAUUGGCAGAAAUACAUCACUUGAGGAAAGGAAAAUUGCAAGUGCUGCUGCGGAAGAAUUAAUUAGUGGACCUGACAGACAAAAAUGUCAUGUAAUUCGUGUUGUUGAAGGAUUUGAGACUGUCAUGUUUCGUUCAAAAUUUGAUACAUGGCCACAGACAGCUGGUGCAGCUGCUUCUGAAGAUGGUAGAGUUAAGGUUGCUGCCCUUUUAAAGCGCCAGGGGUUGAAUGUGGAGGGUCUUACAAAGUCUGAUACUUCAAAGGAAGAGCCUCAGCCAUACAUUGAUUGCACAGGCGAUUUACAGGUUUGGCAUGUAAAUGGUGAUGAGAAAGUGCUUCUUGCAUCUUCUGAUCAGACAAAAUUUUACAGUGGAAAUUGCUAUAUCUUCCAGUAUACAUAUUCUGGUGAAGAUAAAGAGGAAUAUCUAAUUGGUACUUGGUUUGGGACGAAGAGUGUUGAGGAUGAGAGAGCUUCAGCUAUAUCCCUCUCUGGAAAGAUGGUUGAAGCCUUGAAGUCACAGGCUGUUCAGACUCGUCUUUAUGAAGGAAAAGAACCUAUUCAAUUCUUUUCAAUCUUCCAGAUCUUUAUUGUUUUUAAGGGUGGGUUGAGUUCUGGAUAUAAGAGAUUUAUCACGGAGAAUAGCACUGCUGAUGAGACAUAUUCAGAAGAUGGUCUUGCACUUUUUCGAGUUCAAGGUUCUGGGCCAGAUAACAUGCAAGCAAUUCAAGUUGAGCCGGUGGCAUCUUCCUUGAAUUCAUCUUACUGUUACAUAUUGCAUAAUGAUACAACAGUUUUUACAUGGUCUGGAAGUCUUACUACCUCAGAGGAUCAAGAUCUUGUCGAGAGACUGCUAGAUCAAAUAAAGCCAAAUAUUCAGUACAAACCACAAAAGGAAGGGACAGAAACUGAACAGUUUUGGGGUUUACUAGGAGGUAGAUGUGACUAUUCCAAUCAAAAGAUUGUCAAGGAACCAGAAAAUGAUCCUCACCUAUUUUAUUGUGAUUUUUCAAAAGACAAUUUAAAGGUUACAGAAAUAUUUAAUUUUACCCAAGAUGAUCUGAUGACAGAAGAUGUAUAUAUCCUCGACUGUCAUUCUGACAUCUUCGUUUGGAUUGGACAAAAGGUGGACACAAAGAUAAAAUCACAAGCUCUAAAAAUAGGAGAGGAAUUUCUUGAACAUGAUUUUCUUCUUGAGAAAAUAUCUCGAGAAACUUCGAUAUUCAUAGUCACAGAAGGAAAUGAGCCACCAUUCUUCACUCGUUUCUUCACAUGGGACUCUGCAAAAUCAGCUAUGCAUGGUAAUUCCUACCAGAGGAAGCUUGCCAUAGUGAAAACUGGAGUCACUCGACCUGUUGAGAAGCCAAAACGGCGUGUACCGACAUCUGGUGGAAGAAGUGUAACAGAUAAAUCUCAGCGUUCCAGAAGCAUGUCCUUUAGCCCAGACAAUGUUCGUGCAAGAGGAAGAUCUCCAGCUUUCAGUGCAUUAGCAGCGACCUUUGAGAAUCCAAAUUCCAGGAAUCUUUCAACCCCUCCUCCAGCUGUUACCAGACUUUAUCCAAAGUCUACAAUCCCAGAUUCUGUAAAACCAGUACCACGUUCAGCAGCAAUUGCUGCUUUAACUGCAUCUUUUGAAUCUGCAAAGGAAAGUGUUGAAUCAAAGUCAUCCAGAGGAGAUGUGAAAUCCAAGGUUGCUCAAGAAAGCAUGGAGGCCAAUUCUAUUGAGAAUCCAAUUUCAGCGAGUGGGAGAAACGAUGACCUCACCAUUAAAGAAGAGAUGAAUGAGGGGGAAGAUGAAGAUGAUGGAGGGCUUCCUAUAUUUCCUUAUGAACACUUAACGACAUCGUCCAGCGAUCCUGUUACUGACAUUGAUAUAACCAAGAGAGAGGCUUACUUAUCUUCAGUAGAGUUCAAAGAGAAAUUUGGCAUGAAAAAGAGUGCCUUUUAUGACCUACCAAAAUGGAAGCAGAAUAAGCUUAAGAUGGCAGUUCAUCUAUUUUAAUUCUACCAUCUGCAUUCAGUUCUCACUACAUGUUGAAACCUCAGAAGAGUACAUUGGCUUUGUGUUCUUACACACCCACAUGCACUUGCGGUGGAAACCUAUCAGCAAUAGGCUGUUCAAGUGCUUUCUCAGCUGCUUCUUGAUUUAGAUAGUUUAUGAGAUUUUACCGUUGGCAUAGAUUUGUUUAUUCCUUUUUUGGGUCAAAAAUUGUCUUCUCAGCUUUAAUUUUUUUUUUUCAUAAUAUGUAUCUUUCAUUUAUUAGAGAUAAAGGCAGUGAACUGACCAAAAUUCUAUAGAUUGUAAUUUUUUUAUGGUAUGACCGAAAACAUCUUAUGAGGAAUGAAAUAAAUGUUUUUUGGUUGGUGGUGACAGAAGUGUCAAUAGUAGUAUCAUUGCAUUUGGUAGGUUUAUAUGGUUAUCCAAAUCAACAAAUAUGCAUCCAAAUACUUUGAGAAAAAAGGGUGGCUACUUUCUUUUAUAUUUCGCUGCAUGUGGAUCCUUAAACCCUAUUCUUACAAUUCUUAGAAAUUUUGUGCUAAGUAUGCCAUGAAUUUGGUUUUUAAUAUACAAAACUUGGUCUAAACAUAUAUGUUCAGUAAUAUGAUCCAUAAUUCUUGAUCAAGGCCCUUGAACACUCAGAAUCUGUGAGAGUUAUCUUAAUAGAAGUUAUUGAUGCUCUGUUUUGUCAAUCUGUUCUGCAUCAAACAUUGGUAAAAACCAUCCAAAAAAAAAAGUACUUUGGGUUUAGCUAAUCAAAGAGUAUGUUUACUUUUCUUAUUUGUAGCAUGCUAUGGCUUGUAUACUGAUAGCUCUUGAGAUGUAUUAUUCUACAUGUAUUUGUACAUAUAAUUUUACAAAUAUGGAUGCACAUGAACCAAUAUAAUUGUUAAAGAGCACAAUAGAAUUUGGAGUAUCAAAAUAAAAUUUUGAUCAAGAUCAGCUAAAUAUCUUUAUUUGAAAUGUCCUUGAACAAUCCUGAGUGCAGGUAAUUGGAAGCUUAAGUAAACAUGUGUCUAAGAUGAUGUAAUAAAUAGAUAAAAGCUCCAUUUGUAUUCCCUGUAUUCUAUUUGCAUUACCAGGGUAGAAAGCUUGAAUUCUUCUACCCUUCCAAAAUAUGAACCAUGUGGAGACAAGGAGUGGCUCUGUGAGGAUAGGGAUGAAUGAUCUUUUCGGUAUGAUCAUCCAAAGGACACCCUCAUCUUCAAGGAAAUGAUUGGUGAAGACUAGCAUUAAAAAUCCAAUCUUUGCUUGCUGGGCAUCGGAUGCGGCGGACUUUUCCACGUCGUUUUCCCCUGUCCGCUCCGAUCCUUUCCACCCACGCGUGAUCCGACACGGCGCCCGGGUUUUCCACUAAUCGCCAGGCAGAUCCGACGGUCUUCGUCGGCUGUUGGACACUGUCCCCCCGUCGGCGGCUAUGAGCUCAUCCACCGUCUUUGGACUUUCUGCAGGUGGCGCAUCCAGACCGCGGGUCUCGUCGGACCCACCUCGGCUGUCUACAAUCCAUUCCAUCUUCCUCGACUCCGCUUCGGGUUCUUCGCGUGACGAGGACGCGCAGUUAAAGGUAUGAUGCGGGAAAGAAAGGAAAAAAGCGUUCGUUUUUUCGUUGAUGAGAUCGCUUUCCGAUCGCUUUGGCUCCGAAAGAUCCGACUUUGUGCAUUUGAAUGCCGAAUUUUGGUUCAAUACGAGGAAAAUGAAGCAGACUUAGGUGUUCCUUCUGCUUGUUCCUGAUAAUUUUUGUUUACGUUGGCUCCAUGAAUCCAGCUUUCUUAUGAAAGAACCGAUCUUUGCAUCAUGGGUAUAUCGAUUUUUGAGAGUUUGAGCUGCCCUCUCUGUCUCGGCUUUGAAUAGUCGUUCUUUUAAAUAGUAUGGUCCGCUAAUUUAGAUGUAAGCUCGCUAAAGAUCGAAGCUUUUGCCCCUUCUGAUCAACUUUUCUAUAUUGCCCUUUUUCUCCUUCCACGAGGAUUAUCUGUGUAUUUUCGAUUUAUCGACAUGUUUAUCGUUUGAAUUAUGCAUAAAAUGGCGCAACAUUGAUGAUGCUCGUUUUUGUUUUUUCUUUUAUUUUUAGGAAAAAAAGGAAAAUUUGUGGUUCGCUUAUCUAGCUCGAUGUUAAUUUUCUUUCAUUAUAUUUUUUUAUUUUGGUCACGUAUUAAUGAUUACGGAAGCAGACUUGCUGGAGAAGAAUAUUUUAGUAACUCAUAUCCUUCUUUACUUUGUUGAAUUUUUCUUAGAUUUAUGGAUUUUGUCAUGAUUCUCGGUGAGUUGGUUAUCAUGUUCUGCAUUUGUUGAACUUUUGUAUACUGAAUGGGAGGUUUGUUUAUAUGUAUCUUAUAUUGAUUGUGUGCAUCUGUUCUUGUGAUUUUUUUCUGAGAGGACAAUAUUAAUGACAUGAAAAAGCUUCCAUACACAAUUCUGUUUGCUAAAUCAUGCUGCGUCAUGAAUAUGAUCCUAUGAAUCAAACAAAAUUGAAGUAGAACUAAUUGGUUGGUUUCGUUUCUUUUCCUUACCAUCUAAUUAUGUGCAGACAUGCCUAGUCUGCUAACAUCAGUUUCUUAGAAUUUGUGUGAUGAGCAGGAACCUAUGACCACUUCCUAGUUGCUGACACAAGUAUUAUUUGUUCGGGUUUCUUGGUUCCUUCACUAUAUUGGUUUACUACCAGACUCUUUUUAAUUGUCUUUACCUGCCAAAUAUCCUGCACUUUUUUCUUUACCCUAAUAAGUUCCAUUUCUACAUGGUGAUUUUUACACCUUAUUGUAGAACGAACUCUACCAUAGUCUUCAAUUUCACUAUUUGCCCCACAUUUAAUUUUGAGAUGGAUGAGCAUGUGGUUAAGAGAGCAGAUGGAGGUCAGAGUUUUUCCAUGAGGUCUGGCAUUGUUUUCAAAGAUCAAAAUAAUGAAGAUCGAAGUAUUCAGCGUCGCGACAGGCUGGGGUGUCGUACCAGGCAUAACACCGUGAGAGGUGCCCAAAUUGACACUCAGGAAAAA